GAGGAGCCAUGGCCAACAUGCAGCUCGUUCCCCGCUGGUGGAGAAGUGCAGCCAGGGGUUCGAGAUUGGUGCUCUGCCUCAUGAAGAUCUGCAAGGAGGAUGGACCUUAGCUCCCAUAUACCGGACUUUAUGGACCUGGGAGUGCUUCAUUCUACCGGAGGAUGCGCUUGGGCAGCGUGAACCACCUAAACCGCAGAAACAUAUCCAGAAAGAGGAAAUGGAAGUCGGGGCAGGCCUUGCAUUUGGGCACUGCUUCUCACCCAACGUCAGACACGGACUGUCAUCCGGGAUCAGAGCACAAUCAGAAAGUUUUAGCAUACGUAGCAUACACUAGUUUUCUAGCAGCUGCUUCGAAAGUCAUUACCCAUCUAAAUUUUAGUAUCCAUUUUACAAGCAUUUAAUCUGCGCAUGUUGCGAGCCUUUCUGCGUCCAAGCAUGAAGCGAAUGUCCCGCCGGCCCGUCUCCGACGAGCAGAAGGCCCAGGCGCAGGCCCAGAUGCGCACCCGCAACCGCAGCCAGAACCAGAACCAACAUCAAAAUCAUGUUGAAGAACUGGAGUCGGUAGAGGUCUUCAUGUCGGUGGCUACCGUCUCGAACCUGACUCAAGCUCAAGUUCAGUCGCGUCCAACUGUGCAACCAGAGCCACAGCCUCUUCCUCUACCACAGCCCCAGUCUAUGCCUGAGCCACUGGAGCAACCGGAACAACAGGAGGAACUGGAACCGGAGGUGAGAGAAGAACAGCAGGACAAGGAGUCGCAGUCGCAGUCCCAGUCCGAGCCGGAGGCAGAAGUCCUCGAGAGCGGCGCCCAGGGCGACAACGAACAGUCGGACAACGAGGUGGGUCCCGCAUCAGCCCCAGCCUCUUCGACUAGCGAGGGCCAGGCCGACGCCGGCGAUCCUGCCCAGAUGAAGGCGCUGGCCGGGCGACAGCAGAUCGUGCGGCUGCUAACCCGUCUCGGCGACGGCGCUGGCGCCGAGGGCGAUGGCGAGGCCAACCAGAUCGUGAUGGAGCUGCUCGGCGGCAGCGACGGUCCCACAUCCCUGCCGUCGCCGUCGGCCAUUGAGCGCGUCUCCGAGCAGCUGCUCCGCGUGCUGCGCGAGCGCACGUUGACGGAGGCGGGCAUAUCCACCGGUAACGAACGGUACCGCUGCUUUAAGUGCGUUCUGCAGAACUACGCCAAGAUCUAUGCGGCUCGCCACUUCAUGGAGCAACUGCCGCAGCUGGAGCAGCUUGGGCCGGACGUGGACGCGAACGAGGAGCGGGAGCUAUUCGCCCGUGUCGUGGCGGAGGAGGUGCUGCAGAUACCGGUGCUGCUGCGCCAGCUGUGGUCGUCCCUGGAGAAAAUGGAGUUCUUCAACGAGGAUACCGCCUUCAAGGCGUAUCUGGAGGCCCGUCGCCACCCGCAAGCGCGCAUCUUGUGCGAGCUGAUGCUGACCCGCAUCUCGCGCGUCUUCCUCUGCAUUGUCAGCUCCACCUUCUUUCUGGACUUUACCGAGCACGAACUGACCCACAUCCUGCGCAACUGCUACCUCAGCGUCAACUCGGAGAUCGAGAUAUUCCUUUCGGUGGUCCUUUGGCUGGAGCACAACUGGUUUGAGAGGGGUGAGUGCGCUGAGCGCAUCCUGACCGAGGUCCGCUUCGCUCUGAUGCCCACUUGGUACCUGUGCACCCUGGACAGGGCCAACCGCUGCCGCCACUUCUCCCGUGUGAUCCAGAACCCCGGAGUGCAGCGCAUGAUUGCUCAAGGCCUAGAGGAUGCUGUGACACUCCAGACCAAGCCGCGCCUCAGUGGUGCCGCGGGGGGCCCUACCACCACCGCUGGCGUUCACCCAAUGCUACAGCAGUCCCAGAAUCUGGAGGAGAACCACCUGGCGCGCGACUGGAUCGCGGAUACCGAGUGCCGUCACCAUCACAAGCGCCACUGCGAGCGCUUUGUUUACCCCACCUACGAUGUGUUCAAGGAGUACCUGGCCAGGAUCAUCUGCUGCGCGCCCAACUACUGGCGCACCUUCCGACCCGCCCAGGAGGUGUACCGCAGCGAUUUCCGCUGCUGCUCGCCGCCCCACUUCAACUAGCUGCUGUUCCUCAUCCUCACCUUGUCGUCAACCACCCACCCUGCUUGUCCCAUCUGCAUUAGGCUCUGUGGUUCACAUUUUACGUGCGAGGAUGUUGCCUUCGGGCAUCCGUGAUCCUGUUUGUCCCCAUUCACGGCCACUGUGUCCACUGUCCUUUUAGCCACUUCCACUACACUGCUCACCGGUCGGCCAAGGGCGUUGGCCCACCCAUAAGGGUGCCCGCGGAGGAGGUCCCUGAACCCGAACUUUACAGUGAGACCAUCGAGCCAGGACAAAAUAAUUCGAUCUGUUCUGGCGACUCCCUGGGAACGCGCCCAGGCAUCGCCCAGCCCAUUGGCCAAGUCAAUCAACUCCCUUUCAAUUAACGCAUUUUUUUGGAAUUAUUUUCAAUAUUUUUCAAUAGAAAAUAUAAAUUUGUUAAGUCAAUGAAACCCGGCGAUCAGAUAUAAUAAGUUUAAUCAAAGCCCUCUUGGAGAUGUGCUCGUGAUUGCUUCCUGUUGAGGUCAAAGUGAAAUACAUCGGAUUAAACUGAUAUUUCGUGAA